AUGUUUCGUAAGGGUCGGUCAGAAACAUGGCGGCGCUGUAUGAGGCGUACACGCUGUGCGAUCUCGUGCCAACGCACAACUCCGGCGACUCCGGGAUCCAGGGGAUCGAGUUAAACGGAGUCGUGGACCGCGUGAUCGUGACCGACAGCGCGCGAUCUGUCACCGUGUACAAGGUUUCUGAUCAGAAGCCGCUGGGCAGCUGGGCUGUGAAACAGGGCCAGCGUGUGUCCUGUCCUGCUGUCCAUAACACGCAGACGAACGAAUAUGUGGUCGUUACAGAUGAAAAGGUUAUCAGAGUUUGGAAAGAUGAUGAAGUCAGUCUCGACAAAGCCUUCAAAGCAACAGUGUCAGAGGCGAUAUACAGAGUGCACUCAGUCCCUAAGCAUGAGCCGGUUGUGCUGUUUCAGCACGGUGCUGUUCGGCUCCUCAACUCGCUCCUCACUGCCCCUCAGCAGCCCGUAGAGCAGGUGCUGUCACAGGAUGAGGUCAUCAGGUGGAGUUCGGCGGUGUGGGCGGAGCAGCAGGUCAUCCUGCUUUUCAGCACAGAACAGAAAGGAGAGCACUUUCUGUAUGUCCACCGGUUCAGUCCUAACACUCUGUCAAAGCACAGGUUGGAGACGGAGCCCGGUGUGAAGACUCCCCUCAGCUACAGCGCCACCUUCAGAGAAGGAAAUAUCUACCUGCUGUACCUGUUACCCAGUGGUGGUGUGUAUGAGAGCAUCCUGGUGGCUCGACCUACAGCUUCUACACCAACCGAAGAGAUUCAGGCUCUGCCACGCUCUUUGGUCUUACAGCUGCCUGCAGGGGACGGGAACCUGAGCAGUGCCGCGCUCCUGUCUCUCGACCAGGCUCACGUAGCGGUAGUGGGAGUACCGCAUCCCUCAGCCGGGAGUGGCAAAGAUUUCCUGUGUUUGUGGAACACACACUUUCAGACUCUGCAGGCUGCCAAAGAGCUUGCAGGCAGGAUAUAUGGCCAGAUGUGGUGUUACUCCAGCAAGCUGUUUGUGUGUCAUGGGAAAACCCUCUCCGUGAUUCCCUUCGAGUGUCAGAAGUCGUCCCUGGCCACCGCCAUAGGGAAGCUGAAACAGAGCAGCGCUAAAGAGAGCAAGGGUCCAGCGCUCGUGCCGUCCUGGAGCGACCUGCUGCACGGCAGCGUGACGCAGACGCACACACACGAGAAGAGCCGGAGCUUGUCUACACGGAGGACUAAGACGAGUUCAAAGAGCCAGUCGUGUCUGACAGUUGAGCAGCUGGUGGAGGACAUAAAGGUGAGCACUGUGCAGGAGUUGGAGAGAAAGCUGCAGGAGUUUCUCGGUGGAGUGGGGCAGGAUGCGUUGCAACUCUCAGCCGGGAGACUGGCUUGUGAACUAGUGGCACGGUGUCGAGCAGAACCAGACUUCUACCCACACGCUGCACUGCUGCAGCUGGUCGACACACACUUCCUGUGCCACAGUGUGUGUCCUGACCUGCUGAUGCUGGCGUUAGAGAAAAACGACUUCCGCCUUUGUCAGUACUGCCUGCAGCUCUUCCCAGAUAUCCCUGAAGAUGUAACUUGUGCCUGUCUCAAAACUAUACUUAGUGUUCCAGACACAGAGUUGGAGCGUGUGGAUCUGGAAGCAGACAGCCUGCUCUUUAUGAAGGCUCUCACUGAGAGCCCUGACUUCAACACAGACCUGCAAAAUGGCUUCUGUCCUCCCCCUGCGGAUGAGGAAAGCUGCGACGUUCCCUCAGAAACUGAAAAAUCUCUCGGCCCCAAACCCCCCAGAGACCCUUUCGCUCUGGAUAUGAGCUGUCCUGUGGGACUUCUCAAAGGAGCACUACUUAACGAGAUUCUGCAGACGGCGUACAGUGAAAGUCUUCUCCUUCCCCACCUGAAGGACCUCAGCGUCUCGCAGGUUAUACUUUUCCUGCACUACCUGAGGUUCCUGUACCUAAAAUAUUCUCAGGAGGCCCACACUCAGAUCCGCACCUUGCGAAUGCCAGCCGUAAAUCAGAUUUUGGACUGGGUUUGCUUGUUGCUCGACGCUCACUUCACAGUGCUGGUUCUGGCCCCUGAAGCGAAAAGUUUGCUUUCCAGCUUUCACAAGUUUGUCCGAUCACAAGUGAAGUUGUACUCAGAACUGGGGAAGAUCGAAGGAAGCCUGGAAGCACUCAAACAAUCCAAGCAGUCUCAAGAGAUGGGCCAAUAUUCGAUAGAGGUGGUCGAGCUGUUUUAGUCGACCUGUACAGAUGCUUUUUAAUAAAAAAAAAAACCUGAUAAUGACCAACAAUGAGCGGGUUUGUUUUAAUUAUAUUUUAAUGAUUAUUAUUAGAUAGAAUUGUUACAGUCGGUUUAAUGCUGUUCAAAAUAAAUAUUGAAGUUUGUCCUGAUAAGUUUGUAGACACCCAGGCGAAUAUGAUAAAUAAUAUUGAUUUCUAAACUUGUCGUGGUGUGUGUGUGUGUGUGUGUGUGUGUGUUUGGAUUUUUUUUUUUUAUACUUUGAGGUAUGCAAAGUAUUUUAUAACCAAUUGUAUUUAUAAAGAAUUGAAUGUUCUUGUCUGACUGAGGAAUACUGUAACAAAUAUGUGAGCAUGAAAUCAACAGAUUUGGUUCGUUUUGUUUAUUCCGGAGUCGAUGCCCGUGAUAUGCUGCACCCUGCAGAACCUCCUCCCACAUGAUGUUUUUUGUUUUUCGCAACAUUCUGUAGAAACUUGCACCAUUAUAAACCUGCUGUGGGUUUUGCUGUGGUCAAGUACAGUGUAUCGUGCCAUGGCCACCGAUGUCACACACUUUUUUUAUUAUUUUUUUUGUCCUUCUCUGAUUAAGAACAUUAAAUUUUUACCUGUACGGUG